AUGGAUUUCAAGGAGCUGUCUGAUUCCUUUGGCGGGACAAUAUUUCCUGAUGAAUACCGAGUUGACUUACAGGACUGCGAUCAGAGGAUCACUGGCCUUGAAACAGCAACUCUGCGGUCGCCUAGUGUCAGAGACGAGGCUUCGAUCAUUCUUCUGCGAUUGAUUCACUCUGCGAUGAGUGGAGAUCUUGCCCGGGCAGAUGAUUGCCUCAAUCGACUAUCACAGCUUCCAGAUCGCGAACUAGGACCGUCAUGGCCCUUUCGACGUGAUGCGUAUGGCUUCUAUAUCACUUCUCUCAAAAGGAUGCCACCAAUUCUGCGAUUCUGGACAGGCAGGACCAACCAAAUUGGCGUGCUCAGAGACUAUGAGCUUGCUAUCCAACAAUCCCGGAGACGUCAGAUCCAUCAGAAAGCACGCCUCAAGCAUGAAAUUCAGAAUCAACUUGAUAAGGUAGAAUUCUACGUCAUUUAUGAUAUUUCGGAUUUCCAUUCCUACCUCUGGAUGCAAGCAUUCGAACAUCAUCCGCAGUAUCCAGACCACUUUCUGGCUGUCCUGUUCGAUGCAUGCGAGCCUUGUUCCCUGGAAACAAUCCACCAUACAGACGACUUGGGACUCACAAAGACUGCGGCAUACUUGAAAAGACUCACCUUACAAUACCUUUUGGCUGGCGCUUCGGGAAAUGCAGCUGCCGCUGUUCAGGAACUGAAUGCUCUUUACAUCCAACAAGAAGAUCUCGUGGGUGAAGCGAAUGUCAAAUUGGUUCAAGGAGACAACUAUUUCUCAUUGCCUUUCACAAGCCCGAUAGCUCUAAAUUUGAUGCCACACGGGCGAGACCUAGGCUGGGAUAACGCUGCAAUGGAUUCGAUUGAAACGCCUCUCGCUCCCCGAGACAUUGAUUCAGCCAGAUCGUGCUAUGUCGAAGCAUAUCAUUUAUUUGAAGCCGCUGGAUCUCGCGCUGGAAUGGGAGCAGUAAGCCUCCGGUAUGCAUGCUUAGACCACAUCCAGGCUAUUGAGUCAAUGAAAAAAGCAGGCGACGAGCCCCCUGCUCAAUUGCUUGAGAAUGCCCACGAACACUUGGAGAAUGCCGUUGAAUUGUUCUCGGGAGACAACACGCAUUCGCUCAUAGUGUCCGGCCACAUCUUGAUGCUUAACAUUACCAGCGACAGGCAUCAAGAUAUUUUGAAUCAGGCUUACGAGCUUGGUGAUCGUUGCCGGGUCAUGGACAAUGUCAGCGUUUCCCAGUUUGUCGGGAUGCUUCUACUCCGGCUUGGUCGCAAGUUUUCCCUCCUGGCAUCCGGCAUGCAGAAAGCGGUGCUGUGUUGCUAUUGCGCAGAAGUCUGCUGCCACGCCUUCAGAGACCCUUACCUGCAAUUGAGCGCGGCGUACUCUCUUGCUGCAUUUCAGUUCGAGAAAGGGAACGUUCCGACGGCCAUUACGCAUAUUGAACGUGGCCGAAUCCUCCUGCAUCAGGUUGCGGUUCACAUUGAUCGUCUUUCAGAAUUCGCGGACCAUGAAGACCACCGACAGAUUCUGAGAACGGUUCGCGCCAACUGCAUCAGUCGUUUCAAUAACCUAGCUGGAUCUGUCUCUGGCUCUCACGCGAGGACCAGUCCGAAUGUGCAAAGCUCGUCCGACGCCGUGCAAGACGGAUCAUCUCUAGAGGUUAUAUUGAGUAGCUUGACAAUGAAUCCAUCCUUGAAGGCGUUGGCAGAUGAGCUCCUCAACACAGAAAGAUUGAUUGCACCACUGCGAACAAUAUUCCAAGAGGCCGUGGAGCAGCGUCGGACAAUUCUACGCUUGGAUGCAGACAUAGACGCAGCAAAGGAUUGCCUGAAGCAAGCACUCCUACGGAUCGAGGCUGUCAAGCUCCCCUGCCGCUCUUCCGAAGUUGAUGUAUACCAGAUAAUCUUAUUGCAGCAGAUGGGUGAGUUUGAAAGAGCACGCCAACUUCUUCCGUUGACCAUGCCUGCGUGGCUGGGAGGAAAAGGUGGAAAUGCCUCCGUCGAUAGAAGUUCAAGUCCCGAAAUUGCCGGACUGACUUCUCAAAGACGCAGACAAGACGCACAGAAGUAUAUAUCCCUGUGUUUCGUUACUAAAUCUUGGGGUUUGGGAUCGGAGCUCCUUGAGCGCGUGGAGCAGACGGUUCCGGAAUACCUGGACGAAAUCAAGAGCGCUGUUGGCCCGCAUGACUGGAUGGACAUGUUUUGGAUUGGAUGCAUACAUGAGCGUUCAGGCAAGCUCACGUCUGCAUUGACGUGGUAUAUCGACGCAUUCCAGACCGUGGAAACAAACUACAAGAGGUUGGCAGACAUCAAUGAACGCCGCAAUCUCUACGACAGGAUCCAUUCAAGCGAGCUAUUUUUUGGACUCGCCCGCAUUGCAUGGCUGUUCUCUCAGUCACAAGAUCAAGAUGAACCUGUCAUCGAUCUUGAUCGAUGGCAACUGACACCGGCGCAAUGGAAGGAGCAGAUUCUUCGAUUCCUGGACAUGGGUCACUCGCGAGCGCUGCUCGAUCUUCUCAUCGCGGAGCAGGCCACAGACCGCGAACAACUACACAACUGGUCGGAAUAUUCAUAUCGAUUGAGGGAGCACGAACUCGGAGCUUUUAACACUCGUCCCCAACAACGCAACGAUGCCGAGUCUUCCACCGCGGCUGCCACUGAGACGAAACACGAAUAUCUAGAUAAGACACUGGCCAGAUUGGAAGCAGAGCUUGACCCUGUCAGCCUGACUAGACUCGUGCCAGACGUUGAGGUAACCGCCAGUCUCAAUGAGAUGAUCUACAGCUCCAUUGCCACAGAUGCUGUAGUUGUGCAUAUCAAUAUCUCGCGGGAUGGACUGCUCAUCUUGUGCAUCGGCUCACACGGCAUCGAGCACAUUUACUUCGACGAGAUCAUCGAUAUGGAGGUGGAGAAGCACACUCUUCGUUGUCUGAAACUUUUUCGCGAUGGAAAGGAUGGAAGAAUUCCAGAUCUCUUGAGUUGUCAGGAGGCAUUGCUCAAUGUCUCCAACAUCAUCAUCAAGCCCAUCUCACCAUACCUGAAGACACGAGACCACGUCAUAUUUGUUCCCUCGCGCUCUCUGAACAAGUUUCCAUUCUCCGCGUUGACUUUGGACGGAGAACCACUCUUUCUCACCAAGGACGUCUCGAUGUGCCCGAGCCUAGCUGCGCUUGGUCGCCUGACAAAAAAGCAGAGAGACAUCGAGGGAUCGGUCGGGAUAGUGUACAAUGACGCUAAAGGUCCCAGGCCCCUGCACUUAUCAGCUGCCGCGUCUAUCCAGAUCGCGAGAACUUUCAACACAGUCCCUCUUCCCACAACCGUGGCGUCGCACAAAGACUUCAGCAGGCUCUACGAACAUUCCGAUGUCAUGUUCAUCGCAACGCACGGAACCCAGCACGAGCAAUCCGCGUGGGAGUCUACUUUGGCGCUGAAUCCACCCUUCCGCGUGCUUGAUCUUUCUCGGAUGCGCAGCAGCGCGGCCCUGGUCAUCUUCGAGGCCUGUGUUAGCGGCUUGGGCGAGGAGACUGUUGGCAACGACAUGCUGGGCUUCUCACAUAUCGUUCUCUCAUCCGGUGCCUCUGCGUUCCUGGGCGCCUUGUGGUCAGUCAGCGAUGAGGCGUCUGCGUUGUUGAUGGUAUACUUCUUCCAUGUGCUCAAGGAGGCCACCGAGCGCAAAGCAAAGGAAGGUGUCGAGUCGGUAUCGAUCGCCCGGUGUUGGCGCAGGGCGCAGCUUCAGUUGUACAAGACGACCGCAAGCAGCGCCAUUUCGACGUUCCAGGAAAUGGCAGAGCAGUGUCAAGAGGCAAGGAAGGCGCAGAAACACCCAGACGGGACCCAAAAGCCUGCACUCAUCUUCCCUUCUCAGUCCAGGAGGUUCCAAAACGCGGUGCAGAGCAUGAUUGAGACCAUCGAGAUGCAGGGUGCAGACUACAAACAUCCGUUCUACUGGGCACCGUACGUUCUCGUGGGGCACGGGGGGUUGCUUGUCUAG